AGACGAGCUCUUCGCAGGCGCCACGUCGCGAACAAAAAGAGAAAAGAAAAAAAUGAAAAGAAAAAUCAGAAGAAGCUGACAGAGAAGGGGGCGGUAACGGCGUUGGGGGUCACCUCGGCCACGGGAGGGCGCGCUAAGACAGUGGCGGGGUUUCCAACGGAGACUCCACCCUGCAGUUUCCAGGGAAGAAGCUCAGGCUAGUCCUGCCAGGGGACCUGGAGGCCUGGCGCCCGCGCGGACCCCUAGCCCGACCUCCGGUCUGCUCCCCAGGGACAGCAAGCAGCAAGCAGGGCGGGCUGCACCUUAAGAGCAGCAUCAUCAAGGUAGGUAGGAGACCCGCGCCCGCCGGUCCUUAAGCUCCUUCUAGCCCCCCUCCCCCGCCCUGGGAAAGCAGUGGCAGAAGGAGGCAAUGCAAAGGGAGCCCACUGGGUAGGGGACGGGAGGGUUCAGGGAUGUAUGGAGAGCUGAAGCAGGGAUUGGAAAGCCUAUGGCAUUGGGAAAGAAUGGAGAGGUGCUCUGGAGUGUGCAUGAGAGCUGUGCUCUGACAUCCCCAGAGCAACCUGGGGCUGUCACAUCUAUCCAGAUGACUUGGAAUUAAAUGGCCUGUACCUGCCAGGGCAGGACAGGCUUUUCAGAGGCAGCUUAGCCUGGUGGCACACUCCCUGUAAUGUUUCCAUUUUAUGUUAAAGGACAGGGAUCGUGGGAAAAAAUUUCCUUAAAACCUCAGGCAAUGAAUUAUUAUUUAAUAGAUUUCUUCUGAUCUACUUUGUAAUUGGUUGCCCCUUGCAAGAGAUUGUAUUUGGAAGAUGUAAAAUACCCUCCUUCAAUUACUCGGGAAAAGGGAACAUAAACAGAGAUUUCCUCUUUUUUAGCCUCCAAAGCUCUGAGAGAUUACAGUUCUGCAUAAUUUAAUUCUUUCCUACCUGCUAUGAGCAGGCCUCCAGAUCAGCAAGUUCCUUUGGAAUGGUUUUGCUUGUUUUUGUUUAUUUUCCAUGGUGCUGAUUAGAAAGCCAUGAAUUGUUUUGUGAAUUUUAAAUUUCAAGAGGUGACGCCCAGAGUUGAUGGUGGUUUCCUUCAAACACUGCAGUGUAGUUGCAGCAUAAAAAAUAUUUCUUGUGACAAGAAGUGGAAAAAGAAAGUUGAUGAGCUAAGAAAAGUAGAGCCUUGAGCCAGAUCAACCAUUUGGCUUCCUCAAAUAUGGAGCAAGCAUGGAAUGUGGCUUUUUCAGAAUCGAGGGGGUUUUUAGGAUUGGGCAGUGAAUGCUGUCUGGGGCUAACCCGUCCCUUUUGUGGCUGACAACCCUUAGGAGAAGGUCAGAAUGUGCCAACAGCACAGAGUGGGCACUGGUGGUGUUUGAACUCAGAAGUGCUCAGGAACUGUGAAAGUUUCUCUGUUAUCACCCUGGAUCCAUCUAGUGAAAUAGACCACUGUGAUGCUGUGUAAGAGGCCAUUGUGAGGGCUGGAGAGAUGGCUCAGUGGGUAAGAGCACCAAGUGUUCUUCCAGAGGUCCUGAGUUCAAAUGCCAGCAACCACAUGGUGGCUCACAACCAUCUGUAAUGAGUACUGAUGCCCUCUUCUGGUGUGUCUGAAGACAGCUGCAUUGUCUGACAUGUAAAUAAAUAAAUCUUACAAAAGAUUGUCAUCUACUGCAGUUUCUAUGUGGACAGGGCACAGUUUAAGGGCUUUAAGAUCAAAUACAUUGCCUGUCUUUAAAGAUCAAGUGUAUCACCUAACUUUUAAACCAAGAAAUGUAGUGUCUUUUUUGCUGCUUGUGUAGCUUUUAGUGAUGUAACUUUUCUCCUAGUACGUCCUUUGUUUCCAUAAUAGUUGUUUUCAAGUAUAUAUGAUUAGCGCUCCUAUUUGCAGAGCUAUUCAAUAUUUUCAUUGGUUAAAUAUUUGUUGUGAAUUUACAUUGUGCUAUCAGUAAAAUGCUAUGUGAAAAUUUUAGAGAAUAUACCGGUUUGGGUAAUUUUAAUAACCUUUGCCCUCAAGUGGUGGCCUGUUUUCACAUUGAAAAGACUGGAAUUCAUUACCAUCCAUAGCAGGAUUGAUAGGGAAGCAAAAUGGACAGUGACAGUGUUGUUCUAUUUGAUAGUUGUGGGAGCCAAGAAAGAAGUGUGACUUGCUUUUUGUGAUUUACAAAAUCAAGACUCAGUAUCAUUACUAUAGAAGCCCAUGGAAAAAUGAUGAAGUUUUCAGAAAUCACCAGCUGAAGAAAUGGUGGUUUUGCUUAUAUUGAAUUCUGAGUUUCAAAGUUAUGUUUCAUUUUUCUUUAUUCCUUAAUGAGGCUUUUUAUUAAGUUUUUUAUUCACCAUUACACACUUAGAUGCACAGUGCUAGGAUCAUAGUAGGUGCUCAUUAAAUCACUGACCAUCGGGGUUGGGGAUUUAGCUCAGUGGUAGAGCGCUUGCCUAGGAAGCGCAAGGCCCUGGGUUCGGUCCCCAGCUCCGGAAAAAAAAAAGAACCAAAAAAAAAAAAAGUCACUGACCAUCGGGGAGGAGGAAUGAUAAGAAAAUAUAUAUUUUCUGUAAGUUCUGUUAGUUUCGGGAACAGGGGUUUUCGGUUUACCAGUCAUACCUUGGUAUCUUGUCCCACAUAAGACAACUUGACAGAACCUUCUUUCUGGCCAUUAUGUUCAACUUAUUUUUCUCUUAAUCAUUCUUGAAAAUCAUGGAAGUAGUGUGGAAAAUUGAUUGUACCUGCAGUAUAGCAAAAAAUCCCAGUCUAGAUAGGUAAGCAGUUAUGUUUCUCCAUGAGCUGAUGUCUUAAAACAUCUAGAUUUUAGGAAUUUAGUGUUGUGUUUUCUAAACAUACAUCUUACAGCAUACAGAUAACAUCGUGAUAGAAUAAAGGAAUCUUUUGAUUUAGCACCAAAUUCCAUAAAGCAAUGACUACUGCACAGCUCUCUUGGCCAUAUGAAUAGCCGGAAUUAUAUUUCACUCUUUUAAAGAAAUAAUGAAAGCACUUAAGGUUAAAGCAGAGCCCAUGGGAAAAGUUUGCUGUGGUGUUUCUCUUUGGUUUCUUGUGCUCUUUCUAGAGAAUGACUUUAAGAAGUCAGGACAGUCAGGUGGUCAGUGUGGUCAGGCACACAUGAGCAGAUGGUUAAGCAAUGUGCUAGGGCCCCAUAGGCCACUGAGCCCAGCUGAAGAGGAGAGGCUAGCCAGUGAGCCUGAUUGAAGAGCAGAGGCUAUCCAGUGAGCCUGAAUGAAGAGCAAGGCUAGCCAGUGAGCCUGACUGAAGAGCAGAGGCUAGCCAGUGAGCCUGAAUGAAGAGCAGAGGCUAGCCAGUGAGCCUGACUGAAGAGCAGAGGCUAGCCAGUGAGCCUGACUGAAGCACUGAGGCUAGCCAGUGAGCCUGACUGAAGAGCAGAGGCUAGCCAGUGAGCCUGACUGAAGAGCAGAGUCUAGCCAGUGAGCCUGACUGAAGAGCACAGGCUAGCCAGUGAGCCUGACUGAAGAGCAGAGGCUAGCCAGUGAGCCUGACUGAAGAGCAGAGCCUAGCCAGUGAACCAGGCUGAAGAGCAGAGGCUAGCCACUGAGCCAGGUUGAAGGCUGAAGAGCAGUGAUUUUAACAUUUAUUUCUAAGUUCUUCAGUUUUCCUAAAUGACAAAAGUUUGCCUCCAUAAAGUUUGACUUAGAAGGUUCUUCUUGCUCUCUUCUUCUUAUCUCCUUUCCUCUUGCUCUUAUGACACAAUAAUUUCCUUUCUCUCAAUGCCUUACUCUCAACACUAUGCCUUUACUUCUAAGUUCUUCUUCAGUUCUGUUCUGUUCUGUUCAGUUCUGUCUAAAAAGCUUUCUCUCUCUUUGUCCUCAGCAUUUGUAUAUCUCUCUGAAAACAGCAUCACAUGGUGAAAAGUUCACCACAAGUUUGCACAGGAAUUCAAAUCAUAAGUUGGAUAAUAAGUUUACGACAGAGAAUGUUUACAUGCAUAUCCAUGAAGAGUAAUCAUCAGGAUAUACUGUCACCAUCUGUCACUAGCUCUCCACAUUCAUGAUGAGUUAAAAGGUGUAAUUUUUAUGAGAAAAGAAUAAGUGAAAUUACCUAUAGGCAAAUCCAAUCAAUUAUUUAUGUUCAGUCCUUGCAUCUAUAGUAAAUCAUUAGUUCUCUUUUUAUGUACUUUGGUUAAUUGCUUUAUACCCUCUUAGAUUGGGUUCUAAUUUGUAGAUGCCUGCUUGGUAUUGCAGAAGCAAUUCACUCAUGACACUUUAAGAAGGAAGAGUUCUCAAUGCAAUUUUGAUUACCAGAGAAAACAUAAUAGCUGUCCCAUUAUAAAGGAGCUUAAAAUUACUAAUCUAAUUUUAGGAAUUCUUAUAGAACCAUCAUAAGAAUUAAGAAAUCAUCUAUUUGUCUGUACAUCAUCAUGCCAAGACAAUACAUCUUCGUUGCUCUGUGGUGAUCUGCUCAAAAGAGUGGGGUAAAGAGCAUGACAAAUACAGAGGCAGAUACUUGCAGCCAACCAUUCAGCUGAGAGCAGGGUCCCCCACAAUGGAGGAGUAAGAGAAAGGAUUGAGGGAGCUGAAGGGGUUUACAGCCCCAUAAGAACAACACUAAGAAACACCCAGAGCUCCCAGGACCGAAACCACCAUCCAAAGAGUACACAUGGACAGACCCAUGGCUACAGCUGCAUAUGUAGAAGAGGAUGGCCUUCUUGGGCACAAAUGGGAGGAGAAGCCCUUGGUCUUGUAAAGGCUUGAUGCCCCAGUGUAGGGGAAACCAGAACAGGGAGGCAGGUAGGCCUGGGUGUUUGGGUGGAUGUCGUAACACCCUCACAGUAGAAGGGGGAGGGGGUUUUAUAAGGGGUUUUGUGGAAACCAGGAAAACGGAUAACGUUUGAAAUGUAACAAAAGCCCUCUCUGGGGAAUGGAAAGCAGAUAAGGUGCUCUGAGCCCCUACUUCCCUGCUGCCUCCCUUUGAUCACGACUGUGGUGCAUGGUGUCAGCCUGGGACUCUCCAUGGGCUGCUGCUGGCACUGGUCCUGGCGUUCCUGGCCAAGAGCAUGAUGAGCAAGGAGCACAUGGUUUGUCCUGAUUCAGAGCAGGGCGAGUGGCCACCAGGGAAUAAGCACAGCUUCCUGUACGAUCAUGAGGUCUUCCUGGGCAAGGAGGACUCCAAGACCUUUGAUAGCUAAGCCUGGACGAGAGCAGGAGAGGCUGGGGAAAAUUGUUGAUCCAAUUGACAGUGAUGAAUGCGGCCUUGUUACUACUGAGGACCUGAAAGUUUGGAUCAAACAGGUACAGAAAAGAUACAUCAACCAAAAUGUGGCUAAACUCUGGAAGGAUUAUGAUGGGGACAUAGAUGAAAAAUCUCCUGGGAAGAAUACAAGCAGGCUACCUAUGGCUACUACCUGGGAAACCUUGCUGAAUUCCAAGAUAGCUCUGAUCAUCACAACUGUAACAAGUUGCCUCCACGAGAUGAGAGGAGGUUUAAGGCCUUGAUGGUGACCUGACAGCUACUCAGGACGGGUUCAUUGCUUUUCUACACUAAGAGGAUUUAGAACAUAUGAAGGAUAUUGUAGUUCUGGAAACGCUGUAGAAUAUCGACAAGAACGGGGAUGGUUUUGUGGACCAGGAUGAGUACAUUGUGGACAUCUUUUUCUCACGAGGACAGUUGCCCUGAGACAGACUGGGUUUUGUCUGGGGAGCAGUUCAAUGAUUUCCCAGAUCUGAACAAGGAUGGGAAACUGGAUUAGGAUGAGAUUCACCAUUGGAUCCUCCCUCAGGCCUAUGACCAUGCACAGGCUGAGGCCCGGCAUUUGGUGUAUGAGUCAGAUAAAACAAGAUGCUUACCAAGGUGUAGAUUUUAGACUACUGGACCAUGUUUGUGGGAAGCCAUGCCACCAAUUACAGGGAAGAUCUUACCAAAAAUCAUGAUGAUCUUUGAAAGAAACUCAUCCUCAUGUGGCCAACAGUCACAUGCUUUCUACGGAUAUUCUGGGUGAUUGCUAUAUUUGUCAAGUAUAUAGCAGUUGUGUCCCUAAACAAUAAGAAACCUUUCUAAAGCUCAAAAAAAUCAUACAUUGCACCACAAACAAUAAUAGUAGGAGAUUUAAACACAACACUUUCAUCAAUGGACAGAUCAGGGAAACAAACUAAACAGAGACAUAGAGAGACUAACAGGUUAUGAAACAAAUGGAUUUAACAUAUAUUUAUAGAACACUCCACCCUUAAACCAAAGGAUUUACCAUCUUCUCAGCAUCCCAUUGUACCUUCUCCAAAAUUGAACAUAUAAUCGGUCACAAAACAGGCCUCAACAGAUACAGGAAGAUAGAAAUAAUCCCAUGUCUCGUAUCAAAAAACCACGGACUAAGGCUGCUGAUCAAUAACAACAAAUAGGACAGAAAGCCCACAUAUACAUGGAAGUUGAAGUCAAUGACAACUUGGUCAUGGCAGACAUAAGAAAGAAAUUAAAGACUUCUUAGAAUUUAAUGAAAAUGAAGAUACAACAUACCCAAACUUAUGGGACACAAUAAAAGCAGCGCUAAGAGGAAAACUCAUAGCUCUGUAUGCCUGCAAAAAGAAACAAGAGAGAGCAUAUGUCAGCAGCUUGACAGCACACCUCAAAGCUCUAGAAAAAAUUAAAUAAACCCUAGAGGAGUAGAAGGCAGGAAAUAAUCAAACUCAGGGCUGAAAUCAAACAAGAAGAAACAAAACCGAGUAUCAAAAGAAUCAGCAAACCCAGGAGCUGGUUCUUUGAGAAAAUCAACAAGAUACAUAAACGCUUAGCCAUAUUAACCAGAGGUCACAGAGAGUGUAUCCAAAUUAAUAAAAUCAGAAAUAAAAGGGAGACAUAACAACAAACUCUGAAAAAAUUAAAAAGACCAUCAGAUCCUACUACAAAAACAUAUAUUCAACAAAACUGGAAAAUGUGGAGGAAAUGGACAAUUUUCUAUACAGAUACCAGGUACCACAGUUAAAUCAGGAACAAAUAAACCAUUGAAACAACCACAUAACUCAUAAAGUCAUAGAAACUGCUAUUAAACAUCACCCAUCCAAAAAGAGCCCAGGACCAGAUGGAUUUAGUGCAGAAUUCUAUCAGACCUUCAUAGAAGUCUUCAUACCAUACUGUCCAAACUAUUCCGCAAAAUACAAACAGACAGAGCACUACCAAAUUCCUUCUAUGAAGCCACAAUUACUCUUAUACCUAAACCACACAAAGAUACAACAAAGAUAGAGAAAUUCAGACCUAUUUGAUUUAUGAAUAUUGAUCAAAAAUGCUCAAUAAAAUUCUUGCAAACUGAAUCCAAGAACACAUCCAAACAAUCAUCCAUCAUGAUCAAGUAGGCCUCAUGGCAAGGAUGCAGGGAUGGUUUGAUAUACGGAAGUCCAUCAAUGAAAUUCAUCAUAUAAACAAAGUCAAAACCACAUGAUCAUUUCAUUAGAUGCUGAGAAAUCAUUUGACAAAAUUCAUUACCCUUUCAUUAAUAAAGUCCUGGAAAGAUCAGGAAUUGAAGGCCUGAAUCUAAAUAUAGGAAAAUGCAAAAUACAUCAAACCUGUACCUAACAUCAAACUAAACUUAGAAUUUUGAAGGAAUCCCACUAAAAUCAGGGACGAGACAAGGCUGCCCACUCUUUCCCUAAUUAAGUACAAUAUGGUACUUAACGUCCUAGCCAUAGCAAUCAAACAAUGAAAGUAGGUCAAAGGGAAAAAAUUAGAAGGGAUGAAGUCAAAACACUAAUAUUUGAAGAUGAUAUGAUAGUCUACUUAAGCAACACCAAAAUUCUACCAGAGAACUACUUAACCUGAUCAACAACUUCAGCAAACUGUCCGAGUAUAAAAUUAACCCAAACAAUUCAGUAGCCUUCCUCUACUCAAAGGGUAAACAGGCUGAGAAAGAAAUUAGGGAAAUGACACCCUUCACAACAGUCCCAAAUACUAUAAAAUAACUUGCUGUUACUUGAACCAAGCAAGUAAAAAAUCUGUGUGACAAGAACUUCAAAUCUCUGAAGAAAUUGAAGAAGAUCUCAGAAGAUGGAAAGAUCUCCCAUGCUCAUAGAUUGGCAGGAUGAAUAUGGUAAAAAAUGACCAUUUUGCCAAAGGCAAUCUACAGAUUCAAUGCCAUCAGCAUCAAUAUUCCUACUCAAUUCUUUAUAAAGGUAGAAAGUGCAAUUUGCCGUCAUUUGGUAUUCCAUAAAACUCAGGAUAGCAAAACUAUACUCAACAAUAAAAGACCUUCUGGGGAAUCACCAUCUCUGACCUCAAGCAGUAUUACAGAGCAAUAGUUUGUAUGGUAUUGGCAUACAGACAGGCCGAUCAGUGGAACAUAAUUGAAGACACAGAAGUGAACCCACACACCUAUGGUCAUUUGAUCUUUGACAAAGGAGGUAAAACAUCCAAUGGAAGAAAGAUAGUAUUUUUAACAAAUGGUGCUGAUUCAACUGGAGGUCAGCAUGUAGAAGAAUGCAAGUUGACCCAUUCUUAUUACCCUGUACAAAGCUUAAGUCCAAGUGGAUCAAGGGCCUCCACAUCAAACCAGAUACACUAAAAUUAAUAGAAAAAAGUAGGGAAGAGUCUCGAAGACAUGAGCACUAAGGAAAAUUUCCUGAACAAAAUACCAAUGACUUAUGCUUUAAGAUCAAGAAUCGACAAAUGGGGGGAACCUCAUAAAACUGAAAAGCUUCUGUAAGGCAAAGGACAGUGUCAUUCACACAAAAAGGCAACCAACAGAUUGGGAAAGUAUUUUUACCAUUCCUGCAUCUGAUAGAGGGCUAAUAUCCAAAGUAUACAGAAAACACAAGAAGUUAGAGUACAGAGAGCCAAACACCCCUGUUAAUAAAUGGGGUACGGAGCUAAAGAAAACAUUCUCAGCUGAGGAAUAUCGAAUAGCUGAAAAGCACCUAAAGAAAUGCUCAACAUCCUUAGUCAUCAGGGAAGUGCAAAUCAAAACAACCCUAAGAAUCCACCUCACACCAGUCAGGAUGGCUAAGAUCAAAAACUCAGGUGACAACAGAGGCUGGGGAGGACGUGGAGAAAGAGAAACACUUGUCCAUUGUUGCUGGGAUUGCAAACUGGUACAAGCACUCUGGAAAUCAGUCUGAAGGUUCCUCAGAAAAUUGGAUAUUGCACUACCUGAGCACACAGCUAUACCUGUCCUGGGCAUAUACCCAAAAGAUUCUCCAACAUACAACAAACACAUAUGAUCCACUAUGUUCAUAGCAGCCUUAUUCAUAAUAGCCAGAAGCUGGAAUGAACCCAGAUGCCCUUCAACAGAGGAAUGGAUUCGAAAAAUGUGGUACAUCUACACAAAGGAGUACCACUCAGCUAUCAAAAACAAUGACUACAUUCAAUUCAUAGGCAAAUGGAAAGAACUAAAAAAUAUCAUCCACAGGGAGGCAAUCCAAUCACAGAAAAACACACUUGGUAUGUUCUUGGGAGCAAUGGCCUCGAAUCACUCCAUUAUUGAUGUUAUUAUUAUGGUUAGCAUUAAGUAUGACUGGGUUCAUGGAAAAACCCAGCCAGCUGCAGAAGACUAAUACAAAUGUGGUGGUCAAGAUGAAUAAUCAUAUGAGAACGUGUGACGUUAAUAUACCCAAUGUCAUGACCUGUAACCUUUCUGAAAAACCAACAUCAUGCUGUCUAAUAGAUAUGACAAACCUGUGACCUUUUUGACUACCUGUCAACAUCAGCGGAUUCCCUGACCACAUGAAUAUUGUGUCCUUGGCGUGGGUAAAUGUUUCUUACUUCUCUCCCCUCUCUGUUACCCUUUUUAUGGUACAAAUUCAGCAUUGGGGAAAAAUAAAAUUGUCACCUUGAUCAGACUCUUCUCUUGGCAUCCUUCUUCAUAUCUCUUAUCCCUCAUUCUCUUCCAGAUUCUCAGCACCCCUCGUUGACAGUAUGUACUCAUUGAUAAGUGGAUAUUGACCAAAACCUCAAAUUACCCAAGAUGCAAUCUACAGAUCUCAGGAAACUCAAGAAGAAGGAUGACCAAAGUGCAGAUGCUCCCACUCCUUCUUAAAAUGGGAAACAAAAAUAUCCAUAGGAGGGUAUAUGGAGGCCAAAUCUAAAGCAGAGACCGAAAGAACAGCCAUUCAGAGUCUGCCCCACAUGGGGCCCAUAUAUAUACAUCCACCAAAACUAGGUUUUGGUAGGAAGGCAUCAUCCCAAAAUGUCAUCAGUAAGCAAGAGGAGUGUCUAAAGGAACUGGAGGAACUCAAAUUUGAAAUCCAGAAGUGUCAAUUCGAGAGGGAUGAACUUUAUCAAAUCCUGGAUCUUUAUAUCUAUGAUGAGUGGGACCACAGGCUGCAUGUCGAAUUGCCAGUCCUUCAAUCCGAACAUGAGAUGAGAAUGAUGGCUAUGCAAAUGAUGACCAACUCAAUAAGUGAUGCCAUGGAGAGGUACGAGGAGCUCAUACAAGUGAACAGUUCCUACCGCAUCAGGCAAUCCCAGCUCCUGCGUGAACAAGCUCAAUUGGAGAACAAUAUACAGAUUUUGCUGAAUGAGAAGAGAAAACUGCUGGUGGAGCAGACUGAACUGCCAGCAUCCUCUGUGGAGGCAAAGAGGCUCUGUGAAGAGGCCGGAAUGAACAUCUGUGACCCCAGAGCCAAGCAACAGCAGGUCUGAAAUUCUCCAGCAGAAACUCGAACAUGACACAGUCCAGAACAAGAUCUCCCUUGGAGAGAAGAGCUACAGGAGGAGAACUAAGUGUGCACAGCAAAUACACCACUAUUGCAUCUCACUUGUAAUGUCCAUAGCAACUGUGGACUGCAUUUUCCUCCUGUAGUUUGAUUUCUUUGGAUUGAAUACGCUGUAUUUUCACCUUGCCUCUCUCCAGCAAGUGUACACUUUUUGAGGGACUCAGAGAAGUGCUGAUGCACAUCAAUCAAGAGCUGCUGGUCAUCCAGAAAGACUGUGCACAUGUAAAUUUGUACUUGUCCUGAUGGGUCAUCCAGAAGAGUUUCAUGGAGAUCAGUUCACAAUAUUGGAAAGACUUUGUGACAAAGUCUAUAAUAUAAUUUCUACUCAGUGUUGGAUGGCUUUUUCCUUAAUACCCCCACGCCAACAAAACAGACCUACUUCCACUCCUCUUGAAAAGAUUAUUACCAUCACUAACUGCUUGUCUACUAUGUCUCCAAGGCAAGCCACAGGCUAUAAGUCUAUUCUGCAAAAGGAGCAGCAAAAAAUGCUUAGUGCAAUUCCUCUAUUUAAAGUUUGGUUAAUUUUUAAUUGUUUGGGUAUUUGGUUUUCCUUCUAUUCAUUUGAAGAUUUGUUAUUUAUCUGUUGUUGUUGUUUUCUUCAUUUGCUUUUCUAUUUUGAUAAAGAUAUAGACUGUAUAUAUUGACUACCUGCAUCUGGUUACUAUCAAGUAAAUUGGAUGUAUUCUGGUCAAUAAAGGAGUAAUCUCAAA